AAAAAGUAACUAAGUAGCGUAACUAGUUACUUUUUUGGGGAGUAACUCAAUAUUGUAAUGCAUUACUUUUAAAAGUAAUGUUGCCCAACACUGUCUAGACAUUUUCUAUCAAUUCUGACUUAUUUCUUGCAAUUCUGAUUUUAUUUUUCACAAUUCCGAGGUUUUUCUCUCAAUUCUGAAGUUAUUUCUUGCAAUUCCGACUUUUUUUAAGCCAAUCGGCAGCAUUACCCCCUGUAGUGGCAGAAAGCUUUACACAUUAAAAAUUAAAUAGGCUACAAUCAAUAUGGUAUGUUUGUAUGAUGGUGUAUGAUGGUAUAAGCCUCCAAACCCUGGAGAAAAAUCUGUCUAAAAAUCAGCUCCGGAGUAGAGACCUGUAUGGGACAGAUUUUUCAGUACCACUUGCACAAGGUUGCAAAAGUCCACAGGUAAAAUAUUUAAGUAAUUUUAUUUUCAAUGCGCUGACUCCUUCUUCCCGCUACUCUACUCUUUAGUUUCACUUUUGAAUAUGAAUAAAAACAGAAAAUUAACACAAAAAAAAGUUUUGCUUUAUUGAAGUUUGACUUUUUGUGUAAAUGAUAAACAAGACAUAAACAAGAAACUUUUCAGAACAUAAACCAUUAACUGAAACGAUAUAAAAACAUACCAAAGUUUUGUUGGGUUGUAUGUCCCUUUCUUUAAUAAUGAAGUAAUAUCUGUAGCACUCAGUGACUGUCAGGGAUUCCCCUGCCACGCCUCCCUCGGCCGCUGUCAGAGAUUCACCCUGCCACGCCCCCCUCAGUAGCUGUCAUGUUGCCUCGUUAUCCUUUGCUGGCCAUGAUCACUGACAGCUGUGGCUCGUUAUGGACUAGACUAUAUAAACUCACGUUCUCGAGUCACAGGCUGUCGGUUCUUGAAUGUCUUGCUGAUCAUUUCCACGACCGCCAGCCUUCCCGCUGGUUUUGGCUCCAGACUCUGUUUCCGCGACAGACUACUCUUUGCAGUUGAUGGUUUACUUUCGUUUUGCUUUCCGUUGGACAUUGACUCUCGUAGUGGAUUACUCGUCUCGAGCGGAUAUAUUUUCAGUUUGUGAUUCUACAUUUUCUGUUGAGUACUUUGGUUAGAGUUUUUGAAUAAAGACUAUGAUUGGCUUCCACGUCAUGGUCGUCAGCCUGACAGUGAUUCAUCUCAUGAACCACGCAAUCCCCUCGGUGAGGACAAUGCUUCGUCCCAAGGUUCUUCAGAGCACGUGACUCAAUCCCAAGGUUCUGGUUCAGGAUUCUUCACGGUGCUCGGCAGCGGUCCAAGGUGCUUCAGAGCACACAGCCCCGUUCCAGGAUUCUCCCAGGUUCUCGGUUCCAUCCCUGUGCAUCCAAGAACGUGAGGCUCAGUUCCAGGGCUUUCAUGGACACACGGCUCUGCCCCUGUAUCUGUACAAGCACGCUGCUGUGUUCCGGGGUUCUCGUGGACGCUCUGCACCAUCUCCGAGCGUCUGUGAGCACGCCAUGGCAUCCCAGCAUUCCCACGAGCUGUCUGUGCCACCACAGAACAUCUACAAGCGCGCUGCCCUGUUUCGAGGUUCCCGUGGGCGCACCUCUCCGCCACAGUGUCUCCAGGAGCGCGCCUCUCCGCCACAGUGUAUCCACGAGCGCGCCUCUCCGCCACAGACCCGUCACGAGCGCGACGAGCCGCCAUUGAGUUCCGCCAAGGGUGCCGCUCAGCCACAGAGUUCCGCCGAGGGUGCCGCUCAGCCACAGAGUUCCGCCGAGGGUGCCGCUCAGUUCCAGAGUCCCCAAGAGAGCUCAGCCCCGUUCCAGGGUCCCCAAGAAAGCCCAGCCAUGUUCAAAGGCCGUGAAGAGAACGUUGUACCGCCGCCUGCCUGCGAAGAGGUCGUCGUACCGCCGCCUGGCCGCGAAGAGGUCGUCGUACCGCUGCCUGGCCGCGAAGAGGUCGUCGUACCGCUGCCUGGCCGCGAAGAGGUCAUCGUACUGUCGCCUGGCCGCGAAGAGGUCUUCGCACCGCCGCCCCCGGGCUCCACAGAAGGCGACGUCUCGCCCCCGGGCUCCACUGAAGGCGACGGCUCGCCCGGGCUCCACAGAUGCGAGCCUGGAGGCGAGCCGUCGCCCUGAGGAGAACUGGUGGGCGAGACAGACUACUCUUUGCAGUUGGUGGGGUUUACUUUCGUUUUGCUUUCCGUUGGACAUUGACUCUCGUAGUGGAUUACUCGUCUCGAGCGGAUAUAUUUUCAGUUUGUGAUUCUCCAUUUUCUGUUGAGUAUUUUUGGUUAGAGUUUUUGAAUAAAGACAAUGAUUGACUUGC